CGAGUUGUGUUUGCUGUCAGAUCAGUUUGUUUACUUCUCACAUUUUCGUAGUUUUUUCAAGAGUUUUCUCCGCAAAUCUCUGCGAAUUCUCGUGAAAAAUGAUUGGGGAUAACUUUGGAAUCCACAGAGGUGGUGUUCGCAGUUCAUCAACAGCCAAUGAAGAGCGUUCUGGUCAGGUUCUGAGUGAUUUCCUCGUGCAGUUGGAGGAUUACACUCCCACUAUUCCCGAUGCCGUGACUUCUUACUACCUCAAUUCAUCAGGUUUCGACACCUCUGAUCCGAGAAUAAUCCGUCUAAUUUCCAUUGCCGUGCAGAAGUUUAUCGCCGAUGUGGCCAAUGAUGCUUUGCAGCACUGCAAAACGCGCUCCAGCAACACUUCGAGCGCCAGUCACGGAUCGUCGAAGAACCAGAAGGGCAUCAAGGAUCGGAAGUACAAUCUCACGACUGAAGAUCUGGCGCCUGCACUCAAUGACUACGGGAUUACUGUACGGAAGGCGCACUAUUUUGUGUAAUCAUCCGGGAAAAUGAUGAAUAUUCUGGAAUAAAAAUACACUGAGAACC